UCCAUGGUCUUCUCUUCAGUGAUGUGUUUACUUUCUUUUUUCGGUGUGGUCAAACACUUGUGACAAAUGGCUUUUUGAUCCAUGGAUGUGGACAUUCCUUUCCUGUCCGUACACAAGACGUUCUGUGUGAAUAAAUUGGGUUUGCAUGAAAAGACGGAGUAACGGGUGGAAACAAAGGCUCUGCAUGUUUUGACUCAGAGCACGGUGAUGAUCUCAGACUGGUCUCAGCGCUUUCAAAGGGAGCUUGUGGCUGCUGCAUCUUUGUUUGUCGGUAGGCGAUGGAGCUGAAGAACAUGACACUGACGCUGGAUUGAAUGUGGGUUAAAAAUUCAACAGAAAAAGAUGGAGCAGUAUCUGGCGUUCAAAGAAUUUAAAGAGGGGUUCAGAUAAUGAAUCUCAAGUGAUCAAAAUGGAUACUUUAAGAAACAAGAAAAAACCAUGGGUGCUUUAUGAGACAGAGGUGCCACACAGCAGGUUUGGUGAUCCGGCCUGUGGAGUCAGCCCUGCAGAGAAACUGAGCCCUGAGCACCUGCAGCUUCUGAGAAAUGCAUUUACCUCUCCAAAAGCCGCAGUACAGAUACAUGAAAACAGGCCUAGUGGAAGGAGUGGAAAGAACAGAGGAGGAAAUGAGGAGCGGGGGAUGGAGCUCGAAGAGUUUCGGGAGGUUUUGAGGUCGGUGAUUGGUCCAGAUAUCGAGGACACAUGGGUUGAGAGAUUUUUCAGUGAGGUAGAUAUCACUUGUACAGGACAGGUGAAUUGGCAGCAGUUGUGUUCCUACCUGCUGCUGGAGUACACGGAGAGACAGCGCGCCUCCAUCCCCACAGCUGCUCUCCUGGACUCCCAGCCUCAGAUCAGACACUGCUCUCACAACAAGCGGGAGCCAACAGUGCGUGUGGUCACUGUUUCCCAUCCUCCUCCACUGCGCUAUAUAAGUGUCAGUAAAGGGGGUCAGAUCACUGUCUGGAACAGCAGCCUACACAUCCUCAAAACUGUCGGGCUUGCUGGAGACCCAACAGAGGAAGUGGCCAACACAAGGAGGUUCAGAGGCUGGACCACUGAUGCGGUGUAUAUGGACAACGUCCGCAAGGUUGCCAUAGCAACCGACUGCAGGGAUUUGCACUUUGUGAAUGUCUCCGCAGCCGGUGUAUCUGAGGAUGUCCACCUAUUUGGUUUUCGUAGUGUCCCCACCGCUCUUUGCUACUGGCAUGAUGUACAGUGUCCAGAGCGUUCCCGGCCCCUGCUGCUGCUGGGGGAUGAAAAGGGAGGAGUCCACCUGAUGUGGUUCUUGAACCCGUCUAAAGGCCUUUUUAAGAAUCCCUCCAAGAAACAGAAUGGCCCACACAGGAUCUUUUUCCCAGACCUAGGUGAACACAGCAACACGGUCUCCUACCGUCACAUCCCCAACAUCCACCAGGAACCAAUCAACAGAGUGAUGUUUGAGCCCAGUACCAAUGUCAUCAUGACAUCCUCAGAAAGUGACACCACCUCUGUGGCCUUUGUGAAUCUGACAGUGAAGCGGGAGCCGUACAUCUGGAAAAUUAGUCAGGGAGCCAAAUGUUUUGACUACAAUGCAUCUCUGCAGUUGAUGGUCACGGGAGGUUGUGACCGAGCAGUCAGACUGUGGACUCGAUUUGUGACCACACGUCCUGUAGCUACACUGCCAGGUCACUGCGCCACUAUAUUGGAUGUUGCAAUCUACCAACCUGUUGGGCAGAUCUUCAGCUACUCCAGAGAUGCUGAGCUGAGGGUUUGGGACAUUUCCUCACAUCACUGUCUGAAAACUGUCCGCCUGCAGUUCCCGUGCCUGCAGCCAAGUCGAAUCUCAGAACAUGGCAACUUCCCUUUCCUGUUGCUAAGCCCUCCUCUUCCUGAAGACACACAGCCUCAUUUAGUGGUGGGAUGCAAAGAUUACCUGGCGCUGCUCAACCUGGCCGAAACGAGGAGAGGAGGGGGCGGAGGGUUCACAAAUGAAGGAAGGGAAUUUGGACCAGAAAUCCAAAGCGGUCCGGCCCUCUCCUGCGCUCUGUACAACCCCACCCUGAGACAGGUGGUGACUGCACAUGCCAACUCAUCCGUGUCUCUGUGGGAUGUAGAGACAGGUAGGAGGCGGCUUCAGAUCUUAAAUGCUCAUGGAGAAGAUGAACUCCUCUGCAUGGCACUAGACUCCUCCCACAGAAGACUGAUCACUGGGGCUCGCAACGGCACCGUUAAGGUGUGGAAUUUACUGAAUGGCCUUAACCUGCACAAGCUGGAGCCUGUCACCAACUCUGAAGUCACCAGGUUGACCUGUCUCCAUGACAACAAGCUGCUGGCUGUGGGAUGGAGCCAGCGGAUCAUUCAGUAUGACAUUGCAGCAGCCAAGGACUUGUAUGUGAGAGCAGACCUGUCGUGGAAGUCCAGCGGCGUCCAUAAGUCGGACAUCCUCGUUGUGUGUCAGUGUUCUGCUCUGGGGGUCGUUGCCACAGCAAGCCAUGAUGGAGAGGUCAUCGUCUGGAGGCUGGAGACGCAGGGACCACUGCUCCACCUGCAGAGAGAGAGGCAGGCGGGAGUCGUGCCUCCUGUGGACAGUCUCUUGUUCCUGCAGCAUCGAGCUGGCGACAGAAAGCUGAGAAACAGAGGUGUCCUGGUGUCAUCACAGGCUGGCUGUCUGUCCUUUUGGAGUAUCACUGGACAAACACACACUUAUGGUCAGUUUUAUGCUCCAGAGCAGCCAGGUGUGCGUGUGCUGAGCCUGAGCUCGGAUCAGUCGAAAAACACCAUCCUGGUCUCUGGAGACACAACAGGCUGGCUUCAGAUCUGGGACAUGUCUCACUAUGCACUGGACAUCCAACAUAAGUCGGUUUGUGAACGGCCUGCUCUGCUGCAGUGUUGGAAAGCACAUAGGAGAGGGUUAGUGAGUGUGGAAGUCCUGGAGGAGGCUGACAGACUGUUCGUCCUCACAGCCUCAGCUGACGGUUCAGCUGGACUGUGGACAAAGGACGGCGAUCAUGUGGGAUCUUUUGGACAGGAGGUGAUGUGGAAUAUCACCGAUGCAGCUGCAUACCAGAGGGAGACACAGAACGACCGGAGGGAGGAUACAGAUGAGGAGGUGGGGGCUGAAAGUGACGGAGCGGGACCCAGCAAGGUCAAAGGUCAAGUACUCGACUCCACCAACAGUCAAACUUCACAGGAAGAAUGCAGUUCUGAAGCUUCAUCCACCGGCCCAGCAGAGACUGACCAGGAGCAACCUCAGCAACCCAUGUAUCUGUGUGAGGACUUCUGCCAGACGGUAGCUCCAUGUUGCCACAGGAGACGCCUGUUUGAUGACAGUCACCACAGCAAUCACUGCUGAUUGGCUCAGUUCGCCUCAUCAGACUCUGGAGAUGCCUCCAAUGCAGCUUUACCAAUAAUCCCCCAGGUGUGGUAUCAGACCGGCAACACGAAUCCUGUGCACGAAAAUACAGACAUGGAUGCGUUUUUUCCCUUUUCCAUAAUUAAUGAAGCCGUCUUGCAACUGUAAAUUGAAUCUGUCUGUUUAAAUAUGUGAAAUAAA